GCGGGAAACUUGUGGUUUCGUGUUUUUGUUACAGAAAAGGGGCGUUUAUUGCCUUUAGUAGCCAUUUGUACGCAGCCUAGUACUGCAUGAUGCUGCUGAGCACUGCCCUUGCUCCACAUGGAAAGCUGGCAAAACUGUCUUCCUUCAGAACUUUGGCAUGCUUCCGAAGGUGCGUCUUUCACUAAGUUGCUAUAAUCGUACAACUGUGUGGACCCAUUGUGAGAAAUCCCAAAGACCCUUUCUACGGUGAUAGUUAGGAAAUGAUGCCACAGUUCACUCCGUAACCACAAAUUUCUCAAGUUCACUCACUGAUGCGCUCAUGCUGUCCGUGGUACUCUUCCGUCUGGACGCCGCUGAUCCCCGCCUUCAUGAACCCAGCACGCACAACGCUGACCCGUGCUUUGAGGCUUUCGUAAGUCUGGAUCAGCCAGCCGAAGGACUACAGCGUCAUUCCUCAGGGCACGUUUGCUCCACCUUCACUCUGAGUGCAGGAAGGAACUCCUCGAGAAUGCCUGAACAUUUCCAGUGAACGGGAACGGGUAAAUCCCGCCUACUAGCAUGUGCAUCACUGUUUUUCAUGCUCCUGAGCUGGUCGGAGGCCAGGUACGUCUUCGUGCUCUCUGAAAAGAGCCAACAUCAAGCACUGGGACCGCAAGCACUAUCAAGUACACGAAGCAGUGGUCACUUUCAAGAGCCUUCAGCUUGUGCACCAGUUAAAGGACUUUCUUCUGCGCAACAUUCAGCCAGCAUUUCAAAACAGCAAUCAGGAACUCAUGCUGGCAUGGUACCCAAUCGCAGUACAGUCAUUCCUGACAUGGCGGUAUGAAACAUGCAUCAUCGGAACCAGCCAGCAUUACUUCUAUAGGAGCAUAGGACUUCCUCAGUCGAGGUCUCCCGGGUGCUCUGGGCCUCAGAGGUGAAACAUCAAUGGUCCCGACUCCAAUGCUUUCGUUCACCUGCUCUAGGACGUCGUCUUGAAAAAUGAACGGACGAACUGCUCUCUUGGCUGCGCAGCUGGACAGGUGUCUGCUGCCAGUCCAAGAACCUGCACCUAUCACCAGGAGAGUCUACGCAUACCACCAUGGCUGCACGUACCACAAGGAAUCCUCCUGGUGCUGGGCCGCCUUUUCUCCUCCGUAUAUGUCAGGGAUCCUAUCCACUCUUCUUUACCUAACAGGCGGGACCGGCCAGCACGAUAGCACGGGCAAUGAGGGCAUAAUUUCCGUUGCAAGGCCUCGACCGAAGUCCCGGACUCCCAAUUGUCCCUCCACAACACGGCAAGGGCAACCCCCCGGACGUGACGAUUGUUCCCUGCCUAACCCAAGAUGGCUGCCCUCGCGCCCAGCCCAGCAUGUGGCAACCUGGACGGUGCUGUCCGGCGACACAAGCGUCGGGUUCGUGUCUCGACGCGGUUGGGGAGACCAAACUCGCCCUCUACGAACCAACCCAUCAUCCUCGCUCCCUGAACCCUUCAGAGGUCUAACACUACCCGACCGACACCCGACAGAACCUCCUGCCGUCUACACGCCAGAGGAGAAGUCACAGCUGUGCCUCAUCGGUGGCACCCUCCAGCUUCACCAGGAAACUCAUCGUGCCGGCGCACAACACCUCGCCCGUGUUCAACAGCAGCUUGCUACUCUUGCCCCAGCUUUCCUGGGCCCGUCGGACGUCCGGGCUGCCCUGGAGCUGACACAAAGGUACCAACCACAGCUAUUGGUUGGUUCCCACACCCCCCUGUUCGCCCUGCAGACGAACGCAUACUGGAGCUGCCGGACCUCCCGGAACUUUGACUUAGUGGUGGUGCCUGUGUUAAGGGGGGGGGGGGGGAAGAAUGUGGGCUGGCGCUACUGUCGAGACGGACAAGCCGCACCAGGGUGGGGGGCGGAUCCGCGGAAGGAUUACCGCGAUAAAAGGAAGAUGAGAGGCAUUUCGCGGGGGGAAGAACGCAAGAAGAGACAACACGGAAUUGCUGCUGGGCCAGGGACUUGA